AUGUCUGACACGCGAUUAUACACAUUCUCUCCGGAGACACGAGACCAACUCAAAAAGUUCCGUCUGGGUACUUCGCGAGCAAAGGACCCUCAAGCUCUUAUAUAUGUGGUCGAUGCCAAAACGAAAGAAAUCCGCGCAGAGGACAACCAAGUAUACUCGAAACUAGAAGAUAUUGCAGACGAGCUCCCGGACUCGUCACCGCGAUUUAUCCUGCUUAGCUACCCUCACACCUUGCCCUCCGGACGCCUCGCCGUACCAUAUGUGCUCCUUUACUAUCUGCCCGAGAACUGCAACCCCCCGUCGCGCAUGAUGUAUGCCGGUGCCGUCGAGCUCAUGCGUAACACAGCCGAAGUGCAGCGCGUGAUUGAAGUUGAGAGUGAAGAUGAUGUGCUUGAUAUUGAGAAAAAGCUAAGCGGCGGCUCGGACUGA